AGCUCAGCACCAGCCCCUGUGCUGCUGCGCCACCGCCACCAUCCUGUCCCCACCUUGGGGAUGGCACUGCCACUACCUGCCAGCACCCGCUGCCUCCUGCCCCUCUCUCUGGGGCUGUUCCAGGCCGCCCUGCUGCUCUUCUUCGCCCUCUUCAUCACCUAUGAUGAGCACUCGGCUGCACCCACAAACUCAGAGGACGUCGAGCACGCAGCCAAGCAGCUCCACAGCACCUUCCCCUUCUUCCAGGACAUCCAGGUGAUGCUGGUGGUGGGGCUGGGGCUGCUGCUGGCUUUCCUGCCCCGCUACGGGCUCAGCGCAUUGACGCACAACUUCCUCCUGCUCAAUGUCUCGGCGCAGUGGGCACUGAUGCUGCAGGGUCUGCUGCACCACCUGCAGCAUGGCAAAGCAGUGCUGGGGCUCCACAGCAUGCUCAGUGCUGAGUUUGCUGCCGUCACUGUGCUCAUCUCAGCGGGAGCCGUGCUGGGCAGGACGAGUCCCAGCCAGCUGCUGGCCAUGGCCCUCUGCGAGGUGCCCAUCUACCUGGCCAGCGAGUGGCUCAUCAUCACCCGGCUGGGUGUCCUCGAUGUGGGUGGCACCAUCACCAUCCACGUCUUUGCCUGCUACUUUGGACUCGGAGUGUCCAAAACACUGUUUGGGAACGCAAAGCCAACGGUGCACCCUAAAGAGACCCCAACGCCGCGCUCCGACCUCCUGGCCCUGCUGGGAGCACUCAUCCUCUGGGUGUUCUGGCCCAGUUUCGUGGCCGUGCUGUGCCAACCAGGGGAUGCCCAGCACCGUGCCAUCCUGCACACCCUCCUGGCAUUGAGUGCCAGUACCAUCACCACUGUGCUGAUCUCCAUCCUGCUGGAGAGUGACGGCAAGCUGAGCGCGGGUCACCUGCAGAACGGCAGCCUGGCGGGCGGCGUGGCCAUCGGGGCAGUGGCCGAUAUGCAUAUCACUCCAGCAGCCGCCCUGGCACUGGGCAGUCUCUCCUCACUGCUGUGCAUCCUCGGCUUCCAGUUCCUCACCCCACUCCUGGCAAAGAAGCUGGCGCUGCAGGACCGCUGUGGGAUCCACAACCUGCACGGCUUGCCCGGCAUCCUUGGAGCGGUGGCCAGCGUUGUGGCUGCUUUGCUGGCCCCUGGGGAUGGCAGCGAGGCAGCAAGGCACAAGCAGGCACAGUGGCAAGCAGCUGGGCUGGUGGUGGCCCUCGGUGGCUCACUGUUCGCCGGGAUGCUGGUGGGUGCUGCACUGCGCCUGCCCUGCCUGGCCCCACCGCCCGAGCCGCUGUGCUUCGAGGAUGCACUGUACUUUAAGCUCCAGGAGCGGGCAGAGGGCCCCCCAGCACUGGGUGGCAGCACCGAGGGAGUCCCCCUGGCCACGAAGGAGUGCGAGUAGGCACCAAAUGUGGGACAUUCUAUGGCAUUUCCAGCAGGGGCUCAUGCAGAACGCACAGCUCUGGCUGCUGAGGAUGCUCCGUUGCAGCACCCUUCUGCCCACACCUACCUCAAGGCUACAAACCUCUGCCCCCAUGCAGUGCCAGCGGUCGAGCACACGUCCCUAUGGAGCCACAGUCCCACCAAUCAGGCUUUAUGUCUGUGGAUGUCUCUUCCCUACCUGCCAACAUGGGAUGGCCAACAUCCCCGUGCUUCCCUGGGCUUCCUCACUGCAUCACUGCUGGAGAGCUGCAGGGCUGGAAGCAGUAUGGUGGAUGAGAUGGCCACAAGCAAUGGAUUUCAGAGGGGUUUCAUAAGCUACAGUGCCCUGGAUAACCCACACUCGACCAGGGCACACUGGACAAAUUGCACAGGGAGCUUCCUCCCUUUUUGGCCAGCACUGCCCAGAUUGGUGCUCAGACAGAGCCAGGUUGCAGGAAGGACCCUCAACCCAUGGAACUCUCUCCGCACCCCAACACCAGGGCUGGGAGAGCAGAAGGCAAUGCGGGAGCCCCUGCAGGAAGAGCAGCGGCCCCAUCGCACGCAGCCCGGCCCCACUGCCACCCCACUGAGGACAAAGGCUGUGGUCCCUGGACGGCAGGCGGCACGGGGCCGCAUCCUGCCUGGGGAGGGCUGUGAUUCACAGCCCUCUCUCCAUCUCCAUGAGUCACCACACUCCCGCUCCAUCACUGCCACAGAGACCACGCUGCAGGCUCCCAAAGGGGGUAAAGGCAGUGAAAAGCCCCCCCAGCGCCCGCUGCAGGGAUGGGAGCUCUGGGCACAUAGGGACCCCACUCUGAGCCCCGCAGUGUGGGGCUGCAUCCCCACUGCCUCACGUGGCCCCAGGCAGAGCCGACACCAAGAGCGAAGCUGGGGAAUUCGCCCUCCAAUAAUCACAACCAGGCUCGGCAGCCCGGGCGGGUUUGGUUAAUUGUUAGAAUAAAAUAUUGUUCCGUUCUGACAAAGGAA